AUGAAUCAACUCCGCCAAUUUCUCUUAACUCAUGAUUUGCGCAGCCUGUAUCAUAUGGUUAUCCUUGCAUAUGAUGCUGAAAGCGAAAAAAAUCUUGACCUAGAAAAACAAAUUGGAAAGGAUAUAACUUUUGAUCUUGUGGCCCUUGACAAGGUGAAAAGUUUCCAUGUUACAAAGGUUACAUCAUUUAAUUAUUUUAAGAUUGGACAGUUGAUAGCGAGAAUCAGUGGAGAAUUUAAAUUUGAAUACGAAGCCGAAAUUAUCACUGUUUCUGGAAGUGGAACGUGGGCUGAGCUUUGUCGAGUAUCUUGUGGAAGUAAAACUUCAAAUCUUUCACUUCACCAAGAAAAUUUUUGGUUGCUACAUGUUGGUCUUUAUAGAAAAUCCACAAGAGUGGUUUAA